GGACAAGCAGUGAGCCGGAAGACAAGGCAGAGCGCUGCCAUGAUGGUUGCAUCUAAGGUGGAAUGAGUGGCGGGCCUCUCGGCGACCGGAAGAGUGAGGCCGGGAGGUAUGGGUUGGGCGCCGCCAUAUCAACCUGACACCGGAAAAGGCGGGUCUCUUCUCUCUGAUCGGCCUAAACUCGCCUGGAGAUGCAGGCAGCCCUGGAAGUCACAGCUCGAUACUGCAGCCGGGAGCUGGAUCAGUAUGGCCAGUGUGUGGCCGCCAAGCCAGAGUCCUGGCAUCGGGACUGUCACCACCUUAAGAUGAGCAUUGCUCGCUGCACAUCCUCCCACCCCAUCAUCCGCCAGAUUCGCCAGGCCUGUGCUGAACCGUUUGAAGCCUUUGAGGAGUGUCUUCGCUUGAAUGAGGCUGCAGUUGGCAACUGUGCGGGACACAUGCGCCGCUUCCUGCAGUGCGCUGAGCAGGUGCAACCGCCAAGUUCGCCCACACCUGGAGAGACACAGCCUCUUCCUGCCUCCUGAAGACCCCCAUGGACCCUGAGGAAACUAGACACGACUGACUCCACCUGACAUCCUCAUCUAGAAGAGGGACAUUUUGGAGUCCUGAGGGCUCUGGUGUGGGUCUGGCCUACCUGGACUCCAGAACUCUAAAUAAAUAAAGACUGAGUACUGG